GCUUUGCGGGGCUUGUUCUGGGUGAGGCAGACAAAGCCUGGUGGGUGUGCUGACAUGGGCUGCCCCAGACUUGUCUCAGGUUUCACCUCUGUCGUAGCAGCGCAGUUGUUCUGCCUUUGCGCUUUCUACGUCAGUUCUCAGCUGAUCACAGAUUCACUGCCGUACAACAGUGUAACUCACACACCACUUUCGAGUCCCGAGGAAUGUGCCAGACAGUGUCGGGACCACGAACCUCCCAAGACAUGUUACUACCACUUCACGCCCGAGCAGUACGUCACUCUUGGAGACGCAUGCCUCGGCUCGGACACCAAUGCGCAGUGCGUCCCGGCUGAUGGCGUGGAAAGGAGCUUUCUCUCUGUGAACCGCAUGUUGCCUGGACCCAGCAUCCAGGUCUGCGAAGGUGACAAAGUGGUUGUGGACGUGCUCAACAAGAUACCAGGCGGCGAGGUCACUCUUCACUGGCACGGGAUACUCUAGAGGGAGACGCAGUACUACGACGGAGUGCCGUUCGUCACGCAGUGCCCCAUUCCCGAGGGCACCACGUUCCGCUACCAGUGGUAUGCCAACCCGGGCACCCACUAUUGGCAUUCUCAUUCAGGUCUCCAGAAGCUGGAUGGACUCCACGGCAGCCUUAUCGUCAGGCAGGCCCGCUCCCGAGACCCCGGCAGCUCCCUCUACGACGUCGAUUCCCCGGAGCACGUCAUCCACCUCUCGGACUGGCUGCACGAGUCGGCGGCCGCCCGGUUCCCGGGCAGGUACACCAACGGGACGGGUGGCGUCACCAAUCAGAACCCUGAUAACCUGCUCAUCAACGGGCGUGGGAGAUAUACGGAUCCAGUCACCGGGACGUCCACAAACUCGUCGUACGCGGUGUUCUCCGUGAGGCCCCGCGUGAGGUUCAGGUUCCGCGUGGUGGCGGCCCUGGCGACGGCGUGUCCCGUCCAGCUGUCCGUGGAGAGACACCCCCUGCUGAUCCUGGCCACCGACGGGCAGCCGGUCCAGCCGGUCGCAGUCGACGCCGUCGUGUUGUUCUCGGGGGAGCGCUACGACUUUGUGCUGAGCGCCAACCAGUCGCGGGAUUCGUACUGGAUCGAGGCUCGUGGACUGGGGGAGUGCCAGCCAGGGAGGCUGAAGCAGCUCGCGGUGCUCCGGUACGAGGGGGCAUCAUCCGGGACCCCGUCCUCCCCGCAGCCCUCGUACGAGGACGGCCUGUCGCCAGGGGUGAUCCUUAACCCUCUGGUAGCUUCGUGUGAUGGCUCAGACCCUGACCACAUUUGUGUCAGCCAGCUGAUUAACCCUCGAGAGGUCGACAAAGGCAUCAUUCAGCAAGAAUCAGAUGUAAAGAUCUUCAUACCAUACAAAUUUUUUUUCUACACCCAAGCAGGAUUAUUCCAAUCUCAGGCCUACAGUACUUUUUUGGUGAACUACCGGCACCUCGUGGCGUCCGAGCUGGACGGGAUCUCGUUCGCGUCGCCGCCCUCGCCACUGCUGUCCCAGCCGGGGGACGUGCCCCCGGGCCAGGUGUGCCGCCGCGACGACCGGCCCGCGCGCUGUCUCGACCAGUCGCAGCCCUGCGCGUGCACCCACGUCCUCGACGUGCCGCACGACUCUGUCGUCGAUGUGGUCGUCGUCGAUCGCGGUCCGGUGGCCCGGCUGAGCCACCCUUUCCACCUGCACGGGCACUCCUUCCACGUCCUGGGGACGGACAGCUUCCGGGGUGCCGGCGCGACGACGGCGGACGUGCGGGCGGCGCUGGGCACGGACCGCCGGGGCCUCCUGCGCGGGCAGCUCGACCGGCCCCCCGGCAAGGACACGGUCGCCGUGCCCAGCAACGGCUACGCCAUCCUGCGCUUCAGGGCCGACAACCCAGGUUACUGGUUCUUCCACUGCCACUUGGUGUACCACAUUGCUGUCGGCAUGGGCCUCGUGUUGCACGUCGGCGAGGCAUUUCAAGUCCCGCCCGUCCCGCCUCAGUUCCCGAGAUGCGGGAACCACCUGCCACCAAUCACGGCCCCGCACGCGGAACGGUCAUAGCUUACCGCCUCUCAGACCGUACCACUGCUGCAUCGGUUUUGAAGUGUAGUAAUCAUAAAUAAACAUGGCACUUCUACAUCAGUUUUCGUCAAUACCAGUGAUCAUUGGGGACAAGCUCAUUAUGCGUUUGCUGCCAACAUCUGGCCGGCACUUUUAUUUCUCCGCCGAGAAGGGAGAUAUAGUCGCGCCUACAAUCUGAAGGGGUAUCCAGUUUGGAGAUAGCUUCAGCACUCGACGCAUCUGACGAAC